AUGGUGUGGUGUGACCGUGGCGUCCAGAUGCUGCUGACCACGGUGGGCGCCUUCGCCGCCUUCAGCCUCAUGGCCAUCGCCAUCGGCACCGACUACUGGCUCUACUCCAGCGCCCACAUCUGCAACGGCACCAACAUCACGACGGACGAGGCGCAGGGGCCGCCGCGGCGGGCGCGGGGCGAUCUCACGCACUCGGGGCUCUGGAGGAUCUGCUGCCUCGAAGGAAUCUACAAAGGACAUUGUUUCCGGAUCAACCACUUCCCUGAAGACAAUGACUACGACCACGACAGCUCAGAGUACCUUCUCCGCAUCGUCCGUGCCUCCAGCGUGUUCCCCAUCCUAAGCACAAUUUUGCUGUUGCUGGGAGGACUCUGUGUCGGAGCAGGAAGGAUUUACAACAGCAAAAACAACAUUAUUCUCAGCGCUGGGAUUCUCUUUGUUGCAGCGGGUCUAAGUAAUAUCAUAGGGAUCAUUGUCUACAUAUCGAGCAAUGCAGGUGACCCAAGUGACAAGCGAGAUGAGGACAAAAAGAACCAUUACAACUAUGGCUGGUCUUUUUAUUUUGGAGCCUUGUCUUUUAUCGUGGCCGAAACCAUAGGUGUUCUGGCUGUGAACAUUUAUAUCGAGAAGAACAAAGAGCUGAGGUUUAAGACCAAGAGGGAAUUCCUUAAGACUUCUUCCAGUUCUCCCUAUGCCAGGAUGCCAAGCUAUAGGUACAGGAGGCGGAGGUCCAGAUCCAGCUCCCGAUCCACGGAGCCUUCUCCAUCCAGGGACAUUUCUCCAGUUGGCAUGAAGAUAGCAGGCACCAUCCCCAUGAACGAAAUUUCCAUGUACACCCUUUCCAGGGAGCCUUUGAAGGUCACCACGGCUGCCAGCUACAACGCAGACCAAGAAGCCAGUUUCCUGCAGGUCCACAACUUCCUCCAGAAGGAAUUUAAAGAAGGACUCCACGUCAACAUGGUCAACAGGAGAACGACUCCUGUUUGA